CUACAUGUUUUUGCUGUCAAUGUCAAAGGAUAACCUAUAACUUAUUUUUGUUAAUCCAGAUUACUUUUAUUUUUAAUAUUGAUAAAUAUACUUAAAAAUGGCAAAAGUAAAAAACAAGAGGAACGCAGGACUUGCAGAUAAAGUGCGCAAUAAGAAAAAACAGGAAUUAAAUAAGAAGAAGAUAAAUCCUUUUGAAGUGCAUGUUAAUAGAGAAAAAAUUAAAGUUUUGGGUAAAAAAUCUAAACAUGAUAAGGGACUACCGGGUGUUUCGCGCGCUAAAGCUAUUCAGAAGAGAAAAGAAACUCUUGGCACAGAAAUGAAACUAAUGAACAAAACAAACGCAUUUAUAGACAAGCGUAUAGGUGAGAAGAACAAUCAGCUCUCAGCUGAGGAUCGGAUGGUGGCCAGGUUUGCAGCAGAAAGAGCUCGACAGCACACCAAAAAGAAUAUAUUCAACUUGGCUGAUGAUGAAAUAUUAACACAUAGAGGUCACACUCUGGAGCAAAUAGAGAAGUUUGAUGAUCCAAGAUCUGAUGAAGAAGAUGAGGAUGGCAAAGGAUUUGGUGGUUUGGAUGAUGAUUUUGUAUCAGAAGGACACUUUGGUGGAGGUGUACUUUCAAAAACGGACUCAAAAGAUGGUGCUAAAUCUCAUAAAGACCUCAUUGAGCAGUUAAUAGCAGAAUCUAAGAAGCGUAAAGCGGAAAAACAGAAGGAGAAAGAACAAACUCUUGAUCUAACAGAGAAGUUGGACAGUGAGUGGAAGGACCUGAAGCCUGUUGUGUUUAAAAGACCAAGGAUAGAGGAACCGGAAUCUGCAAUUGAUAAAGUGUUGAAUAAGGCAGAAAAGAAUAAUCUAGACUAUGAUAAAAUGAUGAGGGAAUUAAAGUUUGAGAAGAGAGGGACACCUUCAGAUGGACUGAAGAGUGAUGAGAAACAAGCUCAGAAAGAGAGGGAGGAGUUAGAACGAUGGGAGAAAGAGAGAGACCAGAGGAUGUUGGGCGAUGAUGAAUUCACUGUCAGUAAACCUCAACCAACCGCGAGUAAACACAGGUCUGCAGAAGACUUGGACGAUAAUUUCGAGCUCGACAAUGAGCAUGACUUCAUGCUGGCGUAUGACAAAGAUGGCAAUCCGUUAGUUCCGGAAAAUAUUCUAAAAGACUUUUCAGUUCCCAACGCAAAACCUAAAUUCGAUGAUGGAAUAUCAGAUUCAUCAUCGGAUGAAGAAGGUAACGAUGAUGAAAGUGGUGAUGAUGAUGAAGAUUCUGAAGAAGAGGACGAAGAAGUUGAGGAACCAAAAAAUAAAAGUACAAAGGAAGUAAAAGAAAAAGAAGAAUCAAUACUGUUCCAAAACUCGAAGAGUGAUGAGGGUUCUGAUGAUGAAAGUAGUGAAAAUGACGAAGAAUCGGGUGAAGAACAAGAAAAAAGUAAGAAGUCAGAUGAUAAAACUAAAGUUAAAGACAUGGAUACUGUCAAACAAAAUGGGAAGAUUGAGAAAUCCUUUGAAGGUUCUGAUGACGAAUCUGGAGAAGAGAAUGAUGACGAACAAGAAGAAAAAGAUUGUGAUGAUGAUGACGAUGAUGAAAAUAAAGAAGAUUUUAACAAUUUAAAUGAUUUAAAAGAGUCAGAUGUUGAUAGUGAUGACGAAAUAGAAGUGACAGAGGACAAAGAGAAAAUAAAUUCCUUUUUUAACAUGAAGUCUACUGAAGGUGAUAAAUUGAAGGAUCUGCUGACAGGCAAGACACCGGCACAACAGUCAAUAGCAUUACAAAAGUUAAUUAAGAGCUACGACCCAAGCCUCGCGGAGAAUAACAAGGAGUUACUAAGUAGACUGUUCGCACAUCUGCUCCAGUACAUUAACGACAUCUUCACAAAUUUAACCGACGAAGGAUCAAUAAUAAAAUCAUUCCUAACAUUCGAUAGAUUAGUCCCUCAUUUAUUCGAUUUAAUGAAAACCAAUAAAGUAUCCACGAAGAAAUAUGUAGUCGAGUUAAUUAAGGAGAAACGUGGCGAUUAUUUGAAACACCAGAAAAGGGUUCCAGAUUUAGACACUUUAAUAUUUUUCAAAUUAAUAUCUUUGUUGUACCCCACGUCAGAUUUCAGACAUCCUGUCACUACACCAGCUUUAUUGUUUAUGUCUGAAAUCCUUACUACCUGUAGAUUUAAUGACGCGUACUCAAUAUCAAGAGGUUUCUUUCUAACUGCUCUAAUUUUAGAAUACACCGUAUUGUCUAAAAGAUUGGUGCCUUCUGCAAUAAAUUUCCUAAGAGGAGUAAUAUAUCUAAGUGCUAAUACAUCAGUAUUAAAUCCAAUUCAAGUCGUCCCACCAUUUAGAUUACAUAAAGACGCAAAAAUAUUGUGUUUAGACAACGACUGCUCAAAAAUGGCGCCCGAUAACAAGAUGGCGGCGAAAGAUUUGGCGGCAACAAAUAUCGAUGACAAUUUCAAAAUACGGUGUAUGUCGACUAGUAUGUUGAUGUUGAAGGAGUUUUUCGACCACUUCAAUGAUAUUGAGGCUCAAGAGUUUUUAUUUGAGCCGCAUAUUAAGCUGUUAGGUCGCGUGGACUUAGAGAUGUACCCUUCGAAGUUGGCCAGUAGAGUUGAGCAGAUAGUAAAGUACAUGAAGGAAACGUUGGAAAUGAAGACGUUCACGCCAAUAUACGCAGAGAAGAAGAAAAUCAAGGCGCUGAGGUUAUAUGAGCCUGAUGUACAGGAAGUGUUUACUGGUAGCAAAAACGCGAAGCUCUCCCGCGAGAAGGCAGAGAGCGCUCGUCUGAAGAGCAAGUACAAGAAGGAGAUGAAGGGAGCGCUCCGAGAGAUCAGGCGAGACAAGGCGUACAUAGCCUCCGUGAAAAUCAAACAGAAGAUACAGAGCGACAACAUGAGGAAAGAAAAGGUGAAACAGAUUUACAAGGAUGCCUCGAUACAACAGGGCGAGCUAAAUAAACUGAAGAAAAUGAAAUAACACAUUCAUAAUGGCGCCUUGGGCCAUAAUGUGAACGAAAAAAAUGUAAAUUGUGACUGACAUAAUUUGAAUUACAUUUUUGUAUAGUAA